CUGGUGGUUUAGCAAGCUGUUGCUCUCUGGAGGAAAGAAUUAACAACGGAAAUAUAAUGAGCAGGUGACUGGUGUCCUCGGAACUUGCUUCAGCUGAAUUCUCUCACUCUCCUCUUCUCUUGAACCCACGCACGCAUGUCGUUGGGAGAUGGAGAAUUGGAGACAAUGUGCCAACUGGCUGAUCGACUGUAAGGUGCUGCCCCCAAAUCACCGUGUGACCUGGGAGAACGCUCAAGUUUGUGACCUUGCUUGGGCGCUGAGGGAUGGCGUCCUCCUCUGCCAGCUUCUCAACAACCUUCAGCCUCAUUCUAUCAAUCUCAAGGAGAUCAAUCUCCGACCGCAGAUGUCCCAGUUUCUCUGCCUGAAGAACAUUCGGACAUUUUUAAAUGCUUGCUGUGAGAAGUUCAACAUGAAGAAGAGUGAACUAUUUGAAGCCUUCGAUCUGUUUGAUGUCCGAGACUUUGCCAAGGUCAUUAAUACGCUAUCGUUCUUGUCCUACACCCCUGUAGCACAAAGCAGAGGGAUCUGCUCUUUCCCGACUGAGGACAGCUUGCCCGAUGAUGAGAUCUACAGUGGGCUCUCUGACGUUAUUGAUGAUACAGGAGAGGAAGAUGAUGACCUUUAUGAUUGCGUGGAGGAUGAAGAUGAUGAAGGUGGUGAAAUCUAUGAAGACCUGAUGAGGACUGAGGUGAUGAUGGCACCGAGACAGACAGAGCUUGACAAACGGGCCUGCUGCCUUCAGGAGAUAAAACAGACAGAGGAGAAGUACACACAAACGCUGGAAUCCAUUUACCUGCAUUUUUACAAACCAUUGCAACGAUUCCUUGAGCCCCGAGACCUAGAGGAUAUAUUUCUCAACACUGAGAAAUUGUUGAACGUGCACAAGUCUUUAUCAGAAGAAAUCCAAACCUCUAUCACCUUAAAUGAUGCCCAGAACCUCUAUGAAAUAUUCAAUAACUACAAGAAAAGGUUGCUUCUGUAUGGAAGGUACUGCAGCCAGGUUGAGGCAGCCACAAAGCACCUGGACAGGAUUGCAAGCACGAGGGAAGACAUACGGUUGAAAUUGGAGGAAUGCUCCAAACGGGCUAACAAUGGAAGAUUCACCCUUCGAGAUCUGUUGAUGGUGCCUAUGCAAAGAGUCCUCAAAUAUCAUCUCUUGCUGCAGGAGUUAGUGAAGCACACCACUGACCCCAGAGAUAAGGACAACCUGAGAAUGGCUUUGGAUUCCAUGAGGGAUUUAGCCCAGUGUGUGAAUGAAGUGAAAAGGGACAGUGAAACUCUCAAGCAGAUCACCAGCUUCCAGUGUUCAAUAGAAAACCUGAACCAAUCCUUGGCCAAUUAUGGACGGCCCAAGAUGGACGGGGAGCUCCGGCUAAUGACUGUGGACAAACGUUCCAAGCAGGACAGGUACGCGUUCCUGUUUGACAAAGCCGUCAUUAUCUGCAAACGUAAAGGAGAGAACUACGAAAUGAAAGAAAUAAUUGAUCUGGGCUUUUACCAGAUAAAAGAUGACCCAAUGUCCAGCAAAGAUAGCAAAAAGUGGAGCCAUAUGUUCCUCCUCAUUGACUCACACCGGCAACAUGGCUACGAGUUCUUCUUCAAGACCCGUGAGCUGAAGAAGAAGUGGCUGGAACAGUUCGAAAUGGCUUUGUCGAACAUCUUCCCCGAUAAUGGCUUGGCGAAUAACCACGACUUUCUGAUGCACUCGUUUGAUGAGUCGACGACGUGUAAAGCCUGCCGGAUGUUGCUCAGGGGCACCUUCUUCCAAGGCUAUCGUUGUACCAGGUGCAAGUCUGCAGCACAUAAGGAAUGCUUAGGAAGGGUCCCUCCGUGUGGGAAGCAAGAUACAGGAACUUCAACGCUGACUAAGAGUAAAAGCAAUCGAGCUCCCCCAGCCCGACAAUAUACAACAGGUCUGCCCAAGACAGAAGUUUGCCAAGAGUAUUAUGGGAUGCCUCCACCGCCUGUGGCCUUUGGACCUGCUUUGAAGCUGCAUUUAGGGGAUAUAAUUGAGCUGACGAAAGCAGAAGUAGAACAGCAGUGGUGGGAGGGAAGAAACACGUCCACGAAUGACAUUGGUUGGUUUCCGUGUAAUAAAGUAAAACCCUUUCUUUCUGCUCUUGCAAAAGACUAUUCUGGCUAUUCAUGGUACGCUGGUCCAAUGGAACGCGGUCAGGCAGAAGCCAUGUUGGGCAGUCGCUCGGACGGCACGUACCUAGUGAGGCAAAGAGUAAAGGACGCCGGGGAAUUCGCAAUCAGCAUCAAGUACAAUGUAGAAAUAAAGCACAUCAAGGUGACAACGGCAGACAGUUUAUUCCGCUUGACAGACAAGAGAGCAUUCAAGUCAUUAUUGGAUCUGGUGGAAUUUUACCAACGUAACUCUCUAAAAGAAUGCUUUAAGUCAAUGGAUACGACUUUACAAAAUCCUUUUCAAGAACCUGAGAAAAGAAUGGUUCCGAAAUUGCCAGGGGCCAGCUUGAAGUGCUACGGGACGGCAAAGGUUCGGUACGACUUCUCGGCAAGGGACCGCUCAGAGCUAAGUCUGAAGGAAGGAGAUGUGGUGAAAAUUAUUAACAAGAAGGCGUCACCUGGAUGGUGGAAGGGGGAAGUCUAUGGCAAGGUCGGCCUAUUCCCUGCCAAUUACGUAGAGGAAGAUUAUUCAGACUACUGCUACUGAAGGACUUUUGUCUUCAUCGUUGUUUAUGGAAACAUUUUCCCUGGACGCAAAGAUAAUGCUACAUCAGGACAAAGAUUCUUCUAUGUGGUUGUCCUCAUCCAGAAUAUUACAAUGUCCUAACCAUCUAUGUAUUAACCUCCAGUCCCAUUGUGAAGCUAGAGAUAACAAAAAAACCUAAGAAAAUUGGGUUCUGUAAAGUCCCAGAACCACAUCUCUGUAGUCUUGGACUAAACAGAAAUCCACUCUUUCAGAUUGAAGAAUAUUUUGAUUUUUCUGUAUUUAUUAAUACAGUAUAAAAUAUCCUUAAAAGGAGUCUUUGCUUUUUUUCCCCAUGGGAAGGCUGGUGAAAGAACAGACUGUCUUAGGGAAAAUAAUGAAUUGGAUUUUAUUUAACAGCUCAACUAUACCAAAGACGAUUACAAAUUUCAUGUAGUCACUCUUAUGAUAGGCUUUGCAUAUGUAAUGGGACUUUAGAUAUUUGGCCUUGGGGCUUGAUAAUAAUUGAGUCCCAUGAAUUUAGUAGAGGGGUCAGCAGUCUGCAUAGAUGGAGUACUACAGUCUUCACACUGGUGGGGUUGGAACCAAAGUAUUAGUCCAGGACAAUGCCGUGAUUUUCAGGGCAGCCACUUUAAACACAAAAAGCUCCUGGUUAAAAAAAAAAUCAAGUCAUUAAAGAACAAACAAUGUCUGCUGAGUGGCCACUUUAAGUGCACGAGUGGAACCCAAUGUACUCUGUAGCUGCUGUAGCCCAUCUGCUUCACACUUCAACAUGUUGUGCCUUCAGAGAUGUUCUCCUGCACAUCACUGUUAUAAUGCAUGGUAAUUUGAGUUAGUGUCACCUUCCUGUCAGUUUGAACCAGUGUGGCCAUUCUCCUCUGACCUCUCUCAUUAACAAGAAAAUUUUGCCCUCAGAACUGCCAAUCACUGGAUGUUUAUCUUUUUCUUUCACACCAUUCUCUGUAAAUCCCAGAAAUUGUUGUGCUUGGAAAUCCCAGAUGAUCAGUAGUUUGAGAUACUCAAACCACCCCAUCUGGCACCAACAAUCAUUCCACGGUCAAAGUCACUUAGAUCACAUUUCUUCCCCAUUCGGACAUUUAGUCUGAAGAAAAAUUGAACCUCUUAGCCAUGUCUGCAUGUUUUUAUGCAUUGAGUUGCUGCCAUGUGAUUGACUGAUUAGUUAUUUGCAGUAACGAGUAGGUGUACAGGUGUACCUAAUAAAGUGGCCACUGGGUGUACAUUAGUAUUGGGUGCAACUUAAUGCAGAGAAUUCUUGCUGACUCAAGAUGAUACCUUCUUGCUG